GAGCGGAUGUUUGUUUGCGCCGCGACCAAAAGAUACACGGUUGUUUCUCCAGAUCUGGUUUCUUGGGUUGCCCAAACAGUGCUUGGUUCUGCUUUUAAUAGGCAUAGUCUGUUUUCAGCCAUCAUUCUAUGAAUUUGACACUCCUCCCCGCUGCACCGACUUGGCUCCUCCACCUAUAAUAAGACGUGGUAUGUUUGGCAGCUCGGCCCAGCGAGAAGAAUGGCAACACAAAGAAAGACCACCACCAGAUGGGAGGCAGAAGACUGGGAUCCAACUUGUCUGCUUUGUGUUGUACUUUGUCCCGCAAUAUUUGACUUCGCUUUGUGGUCAACAAGGAAAAAUCAAUGCAGCCACAUCUCACAUUGCAACACAUACAUACCUAUUAUUAAUAGUCUUGAUUGCACCAUGUUUAAUCUUCGCCUUUGGCUUGGUUAAGAAAAAAAAUGCUUAGCACAUUGCCCUCAAGGCAUCCAUUUGGCGUUCCCACUUUCAACAAUACUACCUAGACAAUACUGGAAGUCCUGGAAGCAUUGCAUUGAAUGUGAAUGCUGUUUGACUGGGAAGCCGUUGAAAUGUGGGUCUCUCAGGUGCGUCUACCCCCUUUCGAGGUGCGCGUCGUUGGCUGCAUAAUGCGUCAACCGGUUCAUCACAUUGAGCGUUCUUACAUAACCUACUCGGGGUGUACGGAGGAAUGCCAACCGCAAAGGGCAGGCGCACACGCCCUUUUCCUCACUCUCCCUCGCUCUCGUUUCCCUCACCGACACACUGUCCCCGCUUAUCUCUGCAGUCACGUUGAGGCUGAGGCUGCCUGACCCACACAGUGUGCCCUGCUCGUGUUGUAUAUAGACCGGAGCCGAGCGGCAGGCAGAGCCGAGAUUGUGUGGCCAGAUCAGGACUGGGCGAGAGAGUAGGGGAGAGAGAGAGGGAGAGAGAGAGGGAGAGAGGGAGAGAGAGCACGGUGGGGGGUUGAGGAAGAGAGGGACAAACACGGCUGCAGCUGCUCUCUUCUGCAUUAAGAGACACACUCCCUGACAUAGGACCAGCAACGGGCUGUCAACAGACUGGAACUCGUCAGACUGGUGGCUAAGCAGACUGGGACUCGGUCAGACUUGGACUCGGUGGACUGGGACUCUGUAGACUGGGGUGCUCCGCAGACAGGUACGCGCCAGUCUGUGUCUCCCGCUGCGGGCCUCCUACCACUCACGGCCGGGACCCUGUGGCCACGGCCCGGUGUGCUCUGGAGGAUACCACCAGGCCCGGUGUGCAUGUGAGUGCCCGAGCCUCCACGGUCGUGUCAGGCGCCAGGAUGAGGAUGAAGGAGCUGUCUCUCCGCCAGGACCCGGACCUGCGGAAGGAGCUGGCGCUGCUGGCCCGGGGCUGUGACUUUGUCCUGCCCUCGCGCUUCAAGAAGAGGCUCCAAGCCUUUCACCAAGGACAGGCGCAGGUGAAGGCGCCGCCGCCCGUCGCCCCGGCGCUGAGUGAAAGCAUUCCAAAGUUCUACUUCCCACUGGGCCGGCCCCAGGCCAACCUCAACGUCGACGGCCUCGUUUCCAAGGUCGAGACAAUAUUUGCCCAGUUCCCCGGUGAAAGGGCCAGCAUUGAGGACAUGGGGCAGGUCGCCAAGGCCUGCGAGUGUCCCCUCUUCUGGAAAGUGCCAUUGUUCAACGCGGCCGGAGGCGACAGGACGGGCUCGGUGUCGGUGCACAAGUUCGUGGCCAUGUGGAGAAAAACUCUUCAGACCUGUCACGACGCCGCCGCAAAAUUUGUGCACCUCUUGGCCAGGCCUGGCUGCAAUUACCUGGAACAAGAGGACCUUAUUCCAUUCCUGCAGGAUGUGGUGGACUCUCACUCAGGCCUGAACUUUCUGAAGGAGGCCUCCGAAUUUCACACACGCUACAUUACCACGGUCAUCCAGAGGAUAUUCUACAAUGUGAACCGGUCUUGGACUGGCAGGAUCACAUGCUCAGAGCUGAGGAAAAGCAACCUUCUUCAGAACGUGGCCUUGCUGGACCAGGUGGACAACAUCAACCAGCUGACCGAGUUCUUCUCCUACGAACACUUCUACGUCAUCUACUGCAAGUUCUGGGAGCUGGACACGGAUCACGACCUCUUCAUCGACCAGAGAGACCUGGCCCGUCACAACGACCAGACCAUCUCCAACAAGAUGAUUGAGAGAAUAUUCUCGGGAACCGUAACAAGGGACAGGCGGGUGCACAGGGAGGGCCGCAUGAGCUACGCCGACUAUGUGUGGUUCAUCAUCUCCGAGGAGGACAAGAAGACGGACACCAGCAUGGAGUACUGGUUCCGCUGCAUGGACCUGGACGGGGACGGGGUGCUCAGCAUGUACGAGCUGGAGUUCUUCUACGAGGAGCAGUGCCUGAAGCUGGAGGCGCUGGGCGUGGAGCCGCUGCCCUUCGAGGACUGCCUCUGCCAGAUGCUGGACCUGGUCAAGCCCGAGGCCGAAGGUCACAUCACGCUGCGCGACCUGAAGAGGUGCAAGAUGGGCCACGUCUUCUUCGACACCUUCUUCAACGUGGAGAAGUACCUGUACCACGAGCAGAGGGACCCGUUCUCCGUGGUGAGGGAGUUGGAGACGGAGGGCCAGGAGAUGUCCGACUGGGAGAAGUACGCAGCUGAGGAGUACGACCACCUGGUGGCCGAGGAAACCGGCGACCAGUGCAAUGAAACGUACGAGAACCCCCUGAGUCCCUUAGGCCAGCACAUCUCCACCGAGCUGGGCCUGAGGGCAAAGAAACACUUUUUUGAGUUCCCCACCGCGCCCUGCAACCUGGACCUGGGGGAUUACAAGUAUGAGGAGGACUUUGAAUGACGCCGGUCCUGGACGGCUCCCACCUCCUGCUCCAGGCCGGAGCCCCCUUGAGGGCCGAGGACCGGACAAGCCUUCAGUGUGUGUGUGUGUGUGUGUGUGUGUGUGUGAACGGCCUUUAGGCUGGAAACUGCCCAGACCGGCAAGCCAUAGGAGACGUCUCCACGACCUAUUCACUACAGCCAGUGCCAACGCCCCCCCACAGGAAGACCACAAGCUCACCUUUGACCCCCCGUGGGACAUCACGACCAGUGUCUUCAUCGCCUUCAAUUGUUUCAUUCUUGUAUUGUGACUUUCACACGGCAAAAUGUUUCCCAGCGGGGGUUGAUUCUCAGCCGAUGCGUCUGAGGCUCAUCAAGAGGCUCCACUACGGAGACCAGCAGUCAGCGGUCACCGGCUGGCCCACCACCCCUUCACUGUGAGCGCCCUGCCCCUUGAAGCGCAUUGGAUCACUUGAAAGCGUACCGCGUUUCAUUCAACGCAGCUUGUCUGGCAUUCAGUAUUGGAGCUAAGCGGCUAAUGGGACAUUCCAGGGAACCAUCAACUUCAACCACUGCUGGGUGUUACUGCAGCGGAAAAUAACACGAAAAUGCUAAGUCAGCCAUGAUUUGACCUACUGUGUACAGUUGUGUGUGUGUGUGUGUGUGUGUGUCUAUGCGUUUUUGUUUGUUGUAAGGUGGCCAUUGGUAAACAUACAGUACCUGUAUGUAAGGUGAAGGAUUUGGUGCGAGAAAAAUGAAGUGAUAAAUUAUAUUUAUAAAUGGGUGUAAAUAUUUCUGUGUUUGCUGUGCUGUAUACGAGUUUGGGAAAUGUCUUAUGAAUACUGUUUUAUAUCUAAGAGAAAAAAUACCUUUUAAAUGUAUUUCAAUAGAGUAAAGAAUCCUUUUUAACUUUUUUUUCUUCAAAUAAAACUAAGUCUAUUUA